GCUGGGGGCCCGGCUAUGGCCGGGGAACGGCCCCCACUGCGGGGCCCCGGGCCCGGGCCCGGAGAGGCGCCGGGGGAGGGGCUGCCAGGACCGGGGGGCGCAGGCGGAGGCCCGGGCCGGGGCCGCCCCUCCUCCUACCGGGCUCUCCGCAGCGCCGUGUCCAGCCUGGCGCGUGUGGACGAUUUUGACUGCGCGGAGAAGAUCGGGGCCGGCUUCUUUUCGGAGGUCUACAAGGUUAGGCACCGACAGUCGGGGCAAGUCAUGGUGCUGAAGAUGAACAAGCUCCCCAGUAACCGGGGCAACACGCUGAGGGAGGUGCAGCUGAUGAACCGGCUCCGCCACCCGAACAUCCUUAGGUUCAUGGGGGUCUGUGUGCAUCAAGGGCAGCUGCACGCUCUUACAGAGUAUAUGAAUGGGGGGACUCUGGAACAGCUACUCGGCUCCCCUGAGCCCCUAUCCUGGCCAGUCAGGCUCCGCCUAGCUCUGGACAUUGCCAGAGGCCUGCGGUACCUACAUGCCAAAGGUGUAUUUCACCGAGACCUCACAUCCAAGAACUGUCUGGUCCGAAGGGAAGACCAAGGUUUCACAGCUGUGGUGGGUGACUUUGGGCUGGCUGAAAAGAUUCCUGUAUAUAGGGAAGGGGCAAGGAAGGAGCCAUUGGCUGUGGUGGGUUCCCCAUAUUGGAUGGCUCCAGAGGUGUUGCGGGGAGAGCUGUAUGAUGAGAAGGCUGAUGUCUUCGCCUUUGGGAUUGUCCUCUGUGAGCUCAUUGCCCGAGUUCCUGCGGACCCUGACUACCUGCCUCGCACCGAGGACUUUGGCUUGGAUGUGCCUGCUUUUCGAACCCUAGUUGGAGAUGACUGCCCACUGCCCUUCCUGCUCCUGGCCAUCCACUGCUGCAGCAUGGAACCCAGCACCCGUGCUCCCUUCACUGAAAUCACCCAGCACCUGGAACAGAUCCUGGAGCAGCUGCCUGAACCAGCUCCCUUCACCAAGGCUCCCCUGACAUACAACCAGAGAUCUGUUCCAAGAGGAGGUCCCUCUGCCACUCUUCCCAGGCCAGAUCCCCGGCUCUCCCGCAGCCGGUCAGAUCUCUUCCUGCCGCCAUCACCAGAAUCACCCCCCAACUGGGGGGACAGCCUAACACGAGUCAACCCCUUCUCACUACGGGAAGACCUCAGAGGUGGCAAGAUCAAGCUCCUGGACACGCCGUGCAAGCCAGUCACCCCCCUAUCCUUGGUACCACCAUCACCAUUGCCCUCUACCCAGAUGCCCUUGGUGACCACUCCAGAGACUCUGGUCCAGCCCGGGACACCUGUCCGCCGCUGCCGCUCACUACCCUCAUCCCCUGAGCUGCCCCGACGUAUGGAGACUGCACUGCCAGGUCCUGGCCCUCCUCCCGUGGGUCCCUCGGCUGAAGAGAAGAUGGAGUGUGAGGGCAGCAGUCCAGAACCAGAAACCCCAGGACCAGCUCACCAGCUGCCUCUGGCUGUGGCCACAGACAACUUCAUCAGUACUUGUUCUUCUGCCUCCCAACCCUGGUCCCCUAGAUCAGGACCUGCCCUCAACAACAACCCCCCUGGUGUGGUGGUGAAUUCCCCACAAAGCUGGGUUGGGGAGCCUUGGAACCGGGCACAGCAUAGCCUGCCCCGGGCAGCAGCCUUGGAGCGGACAGAACCCUCGCCGCCCCCGUCAGCUCCCCGGGAGCCAGAAGAGGGGCUGCCCUGCCCUGGCUGUUGCCUCGGCCCCUUCAGCUUUGGCUUCUUGUCCAUGUGCCCUCGCCCCACCCCAGCUGUUGCUCGCUACCGCAACCUGAACUGUGAAGCGGGCAGUCUCCUCUGCCACCGAGGGCACCAUGCCAAGCCACCCACGCCCAGCCUGCAGCUGCCUGGGGCACGCUCUUAGCAGUGGGGCCUGUCAUCUCAGGCUUCCAACUUUGGCCUUCAGGAUACCCUGUAAGGACAGAACAUACUUGGUGGACAAUGCCAGCCCCAGAUGAGCUGGCUGGCUGCUCUUUUCCUGGUAUAGGGGAGCCUCUGCAUGGACUUGAGGGACAGAGCACUUCCCAUGCAAGCCCUGGGCUCGCUGUCCCAUGGGGAUCACUGAACCAGACACAUUGCUGACACACAAGACUAACACGUGCAAAUUAUUUAAAAAAAGGUUUCAAUAAAACUGCCUGGCUGGCUCCGGGCUGCCCCAUCCA